AUGACUACAGGCUCAGAAGUAGUCUCUACAAUUGUGAAGAAGUGGAGAGAGCAUCCACCUUCUUCUUAUUGCCUCAAGGUUGACAACUUCAAACAACUUGAGAAGUUCACAACAUCCUCUGAUGAUAAAUACGAGUCUCGCCUUUUCUCCUCUGGUGGAUAUAACUGGAAACUGAUCGUAUACCCAAAAGGGAACAAAAAGGACAAUGGGAAAGGAUUCAUUUCAAUGUAUGUGGAAAUAGACAGCAAAAGCUUUAUAUCAGAACCACAAUGUGAGGUGUUUGCCGAACUCAUUUUCUUUGUCUACAACAAGAAAGAAAACAAAUACUUUACUAUUCAAGGUAAGCUACUUGUAAUCUAUAUAUGUUUUAUUCACAUAUAUUUCAGUCAUCACUCAUCAGUAUAUUUUAUGUAUUCAGAUGUAGAAGUAAAGAGGUUCAAUGCACUUAAGACAGUGUGGGGGUUACGGCAAGUUCUUCCAUUUGAUUCAUUCAACAAUCCUGAAAACGGUUAUGUCUUUGAGGAAGAUCAAUGUGAGUUUGGUGUUGAUGUCGUUGUUCCAUCACCCCUUACCAGCUGGGAGAUUCUCUCUUUUAAUAAGAAACUCCAAAAGCCCAAGUUCCAUUGGACUGUUAAGAAGUUUUCUCAGUUGAAAGAGCAUGAAUACACGUCAAACAAAUUCUCUGUGGGAGAAAGAAACUGGGUUCUAAAGCUGUACCCAAAGGGAUACUCUAAAGAAGAAGACAAAUGCUUGCACAUUUAA